AAUGAGUUUUCGUCGAUUUGUUCUUAAAAUUCGAUAUUCAAGAUACAUUACUAAAAUUACAAUAGAUUAAUAAGCUGGAUAUAGUACGCAAGCUUAUUCCGUGUCAUAUAUACGUGUUUUCACCGUAAAAUGCACGCCUGUCGACAAUUGCUGUAUAAUCCAGCGCGGUGGAAAUGUGCCUUGCCUGGAAACUUGCCAGUGAAUUUAAAAACUCCCAUGACCGCUGUCAGAUAUGAUCAGUACAGAGUACCAGAAUGCCGGCACUACUCGGCGAGAAAGGGCUUCUUCUCCUCCAUCAUUGAGAAUAUUAAAGAAGAUAUUGCAAAGAAUAAAGAGAUGAGGGAGAGCAUCAAGAAAUUCAGAGAAGAAGCACAGAAAUUGGAAAACUCUGAAGCACUGCAGGCAGCGCGAAAAAAGUUCCAUGCAGUCGAAUCAGAAGCAUCAAAGAGUUCUGAAAUGCUAAAGGAUACUUUAGAAGGCAUUAAAGGCAAGAUGGAACAUGUACUGGAGGAGGCCAGCAAGACUGAAAUUGCUAAGAAAGCUGGAAAAAUAAGUGAAGAUUUAUCAAAGACAGCCAAAGGUGCAGCUGAGAGCAUAGCGGAUACAGGAUCGAAACUUGGGCAGACCUCUGCUUUCAGGACUAUCUCACAGGCUACAGCUGUAGUUCGAGAGGAGAUGGCGCCUAAAGGUCUCGAAGGAAGAGUGUACACGUCGCCGAUCACGCUUAGAAAACGAGUUGAUGUGGCGAUGGACGAGCGAUCUUUUACGCCAGAUACGGAAACGACGGGCGUCGAGCUUCAUAAAGACUCCAAAUUCCACGAGCAGUGGGAAGACUUCAAAAACAACAACCAGUAUAUAAACAAGGUAUUAGAUUGGAAGCUAAAAUACGAAGAAUCCGACAAUCCUGUAGUGCGAGGCGCGCGAUUUAUCACAGACAAAAUGAGCAGUCUUUUCGGGAACAUAUUCGAAAAGACUGAACUUUCGAAAACGCUAACAGAAAUCUGCAAAAUCGACCCCAAUUUCACCGCUCAAAAGUUCCUCGACGACUGUGCAAAUGACAUCAUCCCUAACAUACUAGAAGCCAUGGUCCGUGGCAACCUAGACAUUCUCAAUGACUGGUGUUACACAGGCGUAUACAACAUCCUAGCGGCACCAAUAAAACAAUGUCAGCAACUUGGGUACCGUUUAGACUCUAAAAUACUUGAUAUUGAACAGAUUGAGCUAGUCAUGGGCAAGAUGAUGGACCAGGGUCCAGUUUUAGUGAUCACAUUCCAGUCUCAGCAAAUAAUGUGUGUACGAGAUGCGACAAACAAGGUCAUCGAAGGUUCACCCGACAAAGUAAUGCGAGUUAAUUACGUGUGGGUCCUUUGUAGAGAUCCCCAGGAGUUGAACCCAAAAGCAGCGUGGAAGUUACUCGAAAUGUCGGCGAACAGUGUAGAACAGUUAAUAUAGAUGUAGUUGUUGACAAUUAAAUCGAUGGAGGACACUUCAUGUUUUAGUAGACCUGUCCAAUACCAUGUUCCUUUGUCUUUCCUUCGUGAUGACGUCAUAAUGUCGCUAACGCAGUGACUAGUAGAGUGUAAUGGAAUUUUAACUUUACGUUUUCUGUUAACAGCAUAAGUGAAAAUAUCAGAAUUGUAUUUAUUAAUUUGAUUAUUCGCUUAUUUAAAAGGCAAUAACAAGUAUAAUUUUUUAAAUACCUUUUUGGACAUUUUUGGGGUAAAUUAAACGACGAACUUGACGUGAUCAUUAAACAGCUUCAAUCGUCACUAUUAUGGUAAAUAGUUUUGAUGAAGUUUAAUAAUUGUGAGUAUAAGUAUAAAUUCAGAGAGCGAACGUCACAGUAUAGGCAUAUGGCGUCAUCGCGCUCGAAUUUAACAUUUAAGUAGAAAAAUGUAAAUAGACAAUUUGCCAGUUUUGAUUAUGGAAGCGCGAACACAAUUUUGGUUGCAAUUUUUUAUUGUAAGG